AUGGUCCCGCCGGAAAGCGAGAGUGCGCGCAGCUGUGCGCAGGCGGCGGCGGCGGCGGCGGCGUCGGCAGGUGGCGGCGGCACCGGGUGCGUGCGCGACCGCGACCGCGACCGCGAGUGUGUGCGAGUGCGCGCCGCCGCGCCCGCGGGGGAUGCCGCCGCCACCCCGGCCGCCCCCGCCGCCCCCGCCGCCCCCAGCGACGCCGCCGCCGCCGCCGGCGCGACCCUGACGCUCUACUACGUCGUGCUACCCGGGUCGCGCCUGCCCUCGGCGCCGCCUCCGCCGCUCCUCAUGGACGCCGCCGCCGUAGCCGCGGCCGGCGUGCAGCCGGGCGCCGUCGUCGUGGCGGGCAGCAGCAGCCGCAGCGCCUCCUCCGCCGCCUCCACCACCUCCGGCGCCGCCGCCACCAACGGCAGCAGCAGCAGCAGCAGCAGCAGCGUGGGCGGCGGGGGCGGCGACCCGCCCAGCCCGCCGGCAGCCAGCGCGCCCGCCGCCGCCUUCACGAGGUACGCUGGCGUCCUCUGCCCGCCGACCGCUGGGCCGCGCCGCGCCUCCGAGACGCCGCGCUCGCCGACCACAUCUUCCCUUCCCCCUGCAACCUUCCCCUUUCCAGAAUCCCUGCACAUAAAGAUAUAA